GACCGAUGCGGGGAUGCGAGGUUUGGUCCGCUGGCCUCCUCCGAUUCGUGGAUCACGUCUGAUCGAUGUCUCUUUCCGUUCUUGUCUGUUGUCAAGCCUCCGCUCGGCCAGGUCAAAUUCUCCACCUGCUUUGUUAUGGCACUACGCCCGUCUAUUUGCCCACGCGUUUCAUGCGGGCUUUAUCCCGCAGCCACGUAUAAAGACCCCUCCAGCCCGGUGGCGUUCCACCACUGCGUCCCGUCCCUCUCAUUGACCGUCGCCCUUCGUCCCGGCUGUCUCGCAGCUGUCCUCUCUUUCUCCUCUCUGUCGUUUCUUCGGGACCCAAUAUGUAUUUCUCCGCCAUAACCUCCGUCCUGGUCCUCGCAGUCUCUCCCAUUGCCGCCCAGCAGAUCUACGACAUCUGGUCGACGCAAUGGGACCGUAGCACCCUGUUCACGUACACGAACCUGGGACCUAAUGGCGAGCUCAACUUCACGAGCGACUCGAAGUCGAACUCGGCGACCAUCAGCGUGGAUGACUCCACGCUCUACCAGGACAUGGUUGGCUUUGGGGCGACGUUGACUGAUUCUUCGGCCAAGCUUCUCAGUGAACUGAAGUCCUCCAACUCGGACAACUAUUGGAGUAUCCUGAACUACCUCUUCGAUCCCACUGACGGCGCGGACGCGGCCGGCUUCUCUUACAUCCGCGUCCCCAUCGGCGCGUCCGACUUCUCUGACACUGCCUACAGCCUCGACGACACUAGCGGCGACACCAACCUUGAUGACUUCAACAUCAACGCAGCUCCCUCGUACUUGUACGACACCCUCUCUGACAUCGCGGGCAUCAACCGGUACCUGAAGAUUCACAUUGUUCCCUGGUCGCCCCCUGCCUGGAUGAAGGACAGCGGUUCCCUGCUUGGGGGCAACUUCCUUUCCAGCUACACCGACACCUAUGCGAGCUACCUGCUCAAGGCCUUGCAAGGAUAUCAGGGCAAGGGUUUCAAUGUCUGGGCUAUCGGCAUCCAGAACGAGCCGGAGAACAGCGACUCGACGUACCCGACGUGCUCCAUCUCUGCAUCGCAGGAGGCCGACAUCGGCACGCAGCUGCGCACGCUGAUGAACGAUAACGGCUUCUCGAGCACUGUCAUCAUCGGGUACGAGCACAACUGGAAUGAUGCGGGUGCAUACCCCGUCACGCUCAUGCAGGACGCGCCGAACGCGUUCUCGGGUGCGUCCUUCCACUGCUACUCGGGCAGUGUGAGCGACCAGCAGACGUUCGAGAGCGCGUACCCGGACAAGGCGGUGUACUUCACGGAGUGCACUGGCGAGUACGGCAGUGACUGGUGGAGCGACAUCAAGUGGUCCAUGGACAACAUCUUCAUCGGCGCGCCUAACUACUGGGCGCAGACGGGCGCGAUGUGGAACCUGGCUCUCGAUGGCAAUGGCCAGCCCAUCUUGUCUGGUUCUGACAGCUGUGGUACUCCGUGCCGACCUGUAGUUACGAUCAACAGCGACGGCACUUUCAGUUACAACCAGGAGUUCUAUGCCAUCGCUCAGGCGCAGAAGGCCAUCAACCCGAAGGAUGUUGGUGGCCCUGUUGGUCAGCGCAUCUCCUCGACUGUCGGCGGCGACCUCAGCUGGGCGCUCCUCGCUACUGCGUAUGUCACGAACCGCAACAGCGCGAGCGACUGGCCGCGUUACAGCCUUGUUGUCUUGAACUGGGAUGACAGUGCGUCGACCACCUGGAACCCGCAGCCGGUCACGGCCACUAUCGAGUUCCGCGGCAACUCCGUCUCGUACACCUUCCCGGUUGGCGUGACGACGCUCUGGUGGUACGGUUCGCCGAACUGAUCCCGCGUAUGGAUCUGUGUGGAUCCUUCUCCCGCAGGGUGCAUGCUGCUUGCACCUAUUCUUGUCUCGCAUGACUUGGCUGCGUGGACGCGGCCACAUGCCUCUCAUCCACAUUCCUUUCAUCGGCUGCGCUCGUUUCGACACUCGUUGCUAUUUAUCAGUGCUCGGCUUGCAGACCGCCGUGCGGCGGCCUCGGCUGGCAGAGGUCCUGGUGAUGAUGGACCUCGCUGGUUGAGGUUCCCCGCGCGCAUGGUCUGGCUUCCCGUCACUCAUGUCCAACCCACUCGGUCACUAUAUGCUGUGCAUCUGCUCUGGUAUCUGGAUG